AUGCAGAUGACAACGAGGAGGAAAGAAAAGAUAGAACAAAGAAGUAAAAGCAAAAGCGACUGCAUCAACGGCAACGAAAAGGAAGAAACUGAAAGAGGAAUAAAGGGGAGAAUGAAGGAGAAUAAGAAGAAUAAGAAGAAUAAUAAGAGUUAUAAGAAUAAGAAGAAGAAAAAGGAAAAAAAAGAAGAAAGAGAAGACGACGACGACGACGACGAUGACGACGAUGACGAUGACGAUGACGAUGACGAUGACGAUGACAAGGAAGAAACUGCAGAAGAUAAUCAAAAUAAUCAGAAAAAAUAA